AUGAUAAGUCUGAGCGAUCCCAGGAUAAAGGAAUCCCUGCGGCAAGCUCCUAGAAAGAAAAAACCAGAAGAUCCUCACCAAAUGAAAGUUAAUGAAGCACCCCAAGUCAGCUCAGCCCUGUUCUUCCAAUACAAUACCCAACUAGGACCACCCUACCACAUACUCAUAGACACAAAUUUCAUCAACUUUUCAAUAAAAAAUAAGCUAGACAUUAUCCAGAACCUGAUGGAUUGUCUAUAUGCCAAGUGUAUACCUUAUAUAACAGACUGUGUCCUGGCAGAAUUAGAAAAACUAGGACAGAAAUAUAGAGUAGCUUUGAGGAUAAUCAAGGAUCCCAGGUUUGAAAGAAUACACUGUAUGCACAAAGGGACUUAUGCAGAUGAUUGCUUGGUGCAAAGGGUUACACAGCAUAAGUGUUACAUUGUGGCAACUAAUGACAAAGACUUGAAAAGAAGAAUUAGGAAAAUACCUGGAGUGCCUAUCAUGUAUGUUUCUCAGCAUAGGUAUACAAUAGAGAGGAUGCCAGAUGCCUAUGGUGCACCUAAAAAAUAA